UUUCUCUGCCCUAGCUGCACUCCGGGAGAGUUGACACUCACCAGGGGAUUAAUGUUCUAAGAAUGUCAUCAGGCAUCCAAAUAAAACCAAAGACUGCAGUACAGAAAAGCAAGACAUCUUCUCCUUUGCCACAUUCUCCAGAACCUGCAAUUAAACCACAGCCAAAGCCUAGUGACAAGCUGAAUCCUAAAACUAUUGAUCCGUUUGGUGCUCAUUCUCGACCACCUUCUGCAUUUGCUGCUAUAUAUGCUAAAGGUGGCAUUCCAUGCAGGUUAGUGCAUGGCUCAGUAAAGCACAGACUGCAAUGGGAAUGCCCUCCUGAAACUGUUCCCUUUGAUCCUCUUCUUGUAACACUGGCAGAGGGUCUAAGAGAGACAAAACAUCCCUAUACAUUUGUUUCAAAGGAGGGUUUUAAAGAAUUACUUAUGGUUGAAGGUGCUACUGAAAAAGCAAUUCCCUUGUUGCCUCGUCUAGUUCCAGUGUUAAAGGCUUCAUUGGCCCAUUUGGAUGAUGAAGUAUUUGGAAGGGGAUUGGAUGCUUUAGUUCAACUGAGUGCUGUUGUUGGCCCAUCUCUUAAUGAUCAUCUUAAGCAUCUACUCACAAAUCUUUCAAGGAGAUUAAUGGACAAGAACUUUAGAGAAAAAAUUACUGUUGCUUUACAAAAGUUGGAGCAAUAUGGUGGAAAGGCAACUGUGGCUAUCAUCAAAUCUAAAAUUCCAACCUAUUGUUCUAUCUCUUCUUGAUCAAGAAAACUAGUGAUUUACUCUAAGUUGAAUUUUGGAAUGAAACUGCCUGUGAACAUCACUGACACCUCAUUGGGGUAUGACAUAUUCUCUUAAAAUAAUCACAAUUCUUUAGUAUGAUGGAGAAUGGGAAAAGUC